AUGGCUGGCGGUUCCUCAUUCACACCUGAUGCAUCAGGUGCUCCUAGGACAUCGUCUAUAGAUUCUGCUAUAUCUGCAAUUUCCUCGAUACCCCACUCCCAUCAAGAUAUAUCUAAUUUGGUUCGGGCAGCAGGCAGUCCCGAGGCUGUCAUACAGUAUUUGUUGAAGGAGAAGCAGUCACAAUCGCAACAGAACGCACAGUUGUGGAGGCUUGUGGAUAAACAGAGAGCUAUGAUCUUGGGCCUUAACAAAGAUCUCGAGCGUGCCUUGAAAGAUAAGGAGAAAUAUAGAAAGAAGCUAAAGGAUGUCAUGGCUGUCCAUGAUGAGCGUUUGAGGCCUGAUCUUGUGCAGUCGAGAGCGCCUAACAUUCCUCAGCUUAACGUCAACGUGCCCAGGGAACAGGAAGCUGACAUGCCAGGGUCGCCGUCAAACCUCGAUUCCGAUAGCGUCAAACAUUCACCUAUCGAUGUAUCUCUAGCACCCUAUCCGAUUACACCUCCAGCUGACCACAUUUCCAAUGGGCUGCCGUCAGCAGUUGGGGAACUCUUAGACCCGUCGCAUGCGAUGCCAAAGGCCUCUGAGCAUGCGCUAGACCAUUUCGAUCUUGAAGAGGAAGAUCGUGCUGCCGAAGAAGCUAAGAAAUCAUCAGAACCAAUUAAAGAAAUCCCGAUUAACCUCUCAAUCCCUCCAUCCCGAAGCCUUCCAAGCAUUCCGCCUCGAGUACCGCCUCCCAAACGCCCAACAGCAGACACUCCUGCAGUUUCGGUUAUCGAGGCGACACCGCUCGUUGACCAGGGCAUCUCUCAAUUUCCGCCUCCAUCUGCCCCUCCACCACGGAAACCUCCGCCUGCUCCAUUGCAACUGAAGAAAGAGUCAAAAGUGCCUGCCUCGAUCUCUCCAGAGGACAAUUUUGAUUCUGAUUCCGAUUACGAUUCAUUGUUGGAAGUAGAUGAGCUCCCGAUCAUCGAGAAACGUGGCCGGAGAAAGACGAGAGAGGAAGAUGAUAGAGAAAGAGAAAUCCUCGCACAGAAAGAGGCUGAAGUUCGAAGUCUGUCUAAGAAGAGCAAAAACGGUAGUCAGAAUGGCAUGCCUCUUGCCAAGGAUACGGAGUCUUCUCAAUAUAGCGUUCCCGCAAACCCCCGGGCAGUUAGCGCUCAGGACUCGCUAUCGCCCGAUAAUGUUCCUGUAUCACUCGCUGGUCUCUUAAACGAUAACGAUAUCCGAGAAACCAUAGUUCCUGCUUUCUUGAAAAGCCCUGGGCUUCCUGCGAGUCCAAGGCCGAUGAUGCACUCAACUCCAUCGUCUCCCCGCGGCAUAGGAAUAGCAAUGGCAAUCCCCCUUUCACCACGAGCUCCUAGACAACCGAUUCCGCUCCCCUCUAAUGCGCAGCAGAUAUCCAGUCCCUUGAGCCAGGGCUCUAUAAAGCAACCUGGCAGCACUAAACAGAUAACCGAAGGCUCACAGCCAAGCCCCCAUACAAAUCGCGAAAGCCCUGUCGAAAGAUCAAAGAUCUAUAGAGGAUUCGCCACGGAAGAAUAUCCCGACUUGUUGCUGCCGCCAAAUGCUCUCCCGUCUAUCGAUGUCAGGGUUGCGUCGUCUCGCAUGAAGCCAUCCAGGGCUAGCCUCCUGUCGCUAACACAACUGGAGGAGGACCCCGUUUUCACAUUAGCUAUUCGUUUGCGGUCUGAAAGUACCGAAUUAUGGAGGGUAGAAAAGGACACCGCAUCUCUUGUCAAGCUUGACCAAAAAAUGAAGCAAUGCGCAUCUUUUACGGCCAAGACGCCAGAUAGGUCUCUGUUUAGCGGUCACUCACCCGCCAAGCUCGAUGCUCGCCGUACCGUUCUGGACCAUUAUCUCGACGAGCUCCUGAACACUCCUCUUGAUACACCGACUGCCCUAGAACUCUGUAAAUACUUGUCAACCAACACUGUUCGGCCUAAUGCAGACGAACCUUCCCCCUCUAAUGAACCCAGCAAUGAAGGAAUUCCCCAGAAGACAGGCCCUGGAGGUAGGCCAUUUAAGAAUGGCUAUUUAACAAAGCGAGGCAAGAACUUCGGCGGGUGGAAAGCACGAUUCUUCGUCCUAGAUGGGCCUCACCUAAGAUACUACGAGACACCCGGUGGUGCGCAUUUAGGGACUAUCAAACUUCAGAAUGCGCAAAUCGGGAAGCAAUCUCAGCAUACUAAUGAUGGGUCUCCAGCAAGUGGUCCGAAUGGCGAGGAGUUAGAUAACCAAUACCGCCAUGCGUUCUUAGUUCUCGAACCGAAAAAGAAGGAUUCUAGCAGUCAUGUGAAGCACGUGUUAUGUGCUGAAAGUGACAUCGAGCGUGAUCAAUGGGUAGAGGCUCUGCUCCGCUGGAUCGACUAUCGGGAUGACAACGAUGAAGAGGCACAUUUAGCUGCUAGCCAUGGCCGGAAUCAAACUGUGAGCAACAAUUCUCACCCCGGCAAUGCGAAUGUGAAUGCGAAGAAAAAGGGGCAUGUGAAACAUCAAGGGCAGCAGAGUGGUAACCAAGAAGGAUUGAUCGGGAUGAGCUACGACACAGCUAGGCAAGCCCCGAAAGAUCCACAGCUAAUCCCGGAUGGAGCCUCAUGGGGCGGCAAGAUGGGUCUAGCCCCGCCUGGUCCUACGAUCGAAGAAAAGAAGCAGAGGAAGCGUAGUUUCUUCGGAUUUGGCCCUAAAACCCGGUCGUCGGUGGAUGACCAAGAUGCGUCUUAUGGUUCCAAUGCCGGCAAUGCUCCUCAAAAUCAAGUCGAGCAACGAGGACCGAUACGACAAGCCUUUGGUGCGCCUCUCGCCGAAGCGGUGAGAUUUAGUGGCCCCUUUGAUGCCAACGUCCCUCUUCCAGCAGUAGUAUACCGGUGCAUCCAGUAUCUCGAUGCGAAGGGCGCGAUUCGAGAAGAGGGUAUUUUCCGACUGAGCGGUUCUAACGUAGUAAUCAAACAACUACGCGAGCGUUUCAAUACUGAAGGCGACGUUAACCUCCUCACCGACGAUACAUAUUACGACAUUCAUGCUGUGGCUUCCUUGCUAAAGCUUUACCUUCGUGAACUACCCACGACCAUUCUCACCAGGGAUCUCCAUAUGAAAUUUGUCGAGGUAACCGAGAUGUCUAAUCAGCGAGAAAAGAUUGCGUCAUUGGCAGAGCUCGUACAGCAACUUCCAUUGGCGAACGGGACACUAUUGAGAUACCUCAUUGCUUUCCUGAUUAAGAUCAUCAAUCACUCAGAUACGAACAAGAUGACUGUACGUAACGUUGGUAUUGUUUUCUCUCCGACGUUAAAUAUCCCAGCUCCGGUAUUUGCACUACUCCUGCAGAACUAUGAGGGUAUCUUUGGUAUAGAUCCAGAGGAGUACGAACUCCCGUCUCCGAUUGAUACGGACUCGGGCACAAUAGAGACACAGCCACCUCGGCCGCCCACAGCGACGGAUUCGCCUCAAAGGCGGCUAAUCGAACAGACACAGCAGCGAUCAACACCUACUCCGCCGCCCGGUGUAUUCGGUGGAGGGCUUCGUCCGGCUGCGACACCUCCUCCUCGCCAGACCUCAUAUGAGCCACAUUACUUAGCUCAACCGGGAUCACAAUCCUCGCUUCGCCCAGCUUAUGAAAACAGCUUUGUUGUACCGCCAGGUUAUGAUCCAAACUCGAGGCAGCCCAGUUAUGACCGCCCACAUUAUGCAUCAUCUUACGAACAGAACCACAGCGACAAUUCGUUAUCGGCAUACGAUCAAUCUUACAAUAAGAACAAAAGGAGAGAGAGCACAAUGUUUAUGGGGAACAUGAUGCUUAAUCAGCAAGGCCUUAAUCAACAAGGUUCCAAGAGCCAUCUAAGGGAGGAAACCAGGAUGUAA